AUGGCUUCGUACUAUGCUUAUUGCGCCCUGUGCGGUGCCCUCGCCCGAGAUCCCUCCCACCUCAACCACGACCAUGCAAACUUCAACCUCGAGGACCCCCCCUUCAGCAGUACCUCGUGGUCUGGCGACGUGAGGAUCAUCGGGGAAAACGUCAACUCGGCCUGUUCUGACAGGGUCUUCUUCUCCGGCCGCGCGAGAGCCUUGGAGUAUAAGGACUUCAUCGUCGAACCCGGCGAUGAUCCUCGGUUCCCCGGCUUCGAGGAAGCCAUCUUUACCACGUAUUGUUGGUCCAAGACACAGCAGCUGUUCGUCCCAGUCCAUGCAGACUGCUACGAAGUCUUGACCAGAGUCCUGGCGGACCGUCCCAUCGACCUGGAGGUGCUCUACAGAGUCUUCAAGUCACGCCUUCGAUUUGGGAAUACACGGUCGAACUCGUUGCAGAUGGACUACGGACCCAUCCGACAGUACAUGGAAAUGUGGUCAAGGCAACGCCACAUCGACGGCUUCGACACCUUUGAAUCGUCACCUGCCUCGACUUUGAAAGCCGAGCGCCACUACCGUUCCUUGACCCGUCCACCUUCGACAAAGCUACUCCCAAGCACCAUACCCAUGAAGGAAGCCACCGGGUGCCCAGACGGCUUCGCCAAGUUGGCACCCGAACUCCUCCUUCGGAUCAUGGAGAACCUCGACGGACGCUCGGUCUGCAGUUUGAGAGCUGCCUCCAGGCCAGCCGCCCGAGUUGUCCUGAACAACCGCUUCUGGAAGACAAUGAUUCGGAACGACAUGCCCUGGAUCUACGACCUUCCCCUGCUUGAAGAGGAUGGCCCGAGUUAUCUCGCCGACUGGAAGGUCAUGUACACGCAGCUGCAGCAGAGUGCCACCCUCCGCCACCCUCGCAGGCACAAUACCCUUGCGAACAGGAAGCGGAUAUGGAGUCUGUGCCGUGGCAUCGCCACAGACUAUCUCGCUCUCCUGGAAGAAAAACACCGGGAUGGAACAGCACCCCCGGACACGGUGAUUGACGCCAUAUCAUCAUUCAUGCCGCGAAUGACCCUCCCGGAACCUCGGGAAAUAACUUCAGUGACUGUGAGCCUCAUCGACAGCUACAAUGAGUUACACUACAAGGAGCCAAUCUUCUCGGUUACUUGGUCACCCUCUGGGGAUCUUGUAGGGCUGGGUGUCGUCGAGGACCCCUCGGAGCCUGUGGGGUUACUCCAUCGCCGAGAACUACUGCGGAUUCCACCCAACGAUUGGCUGACUGGCUUCGUCGUGACUACUCGGGGUAGUGGUACGCGUGGGGGACCUGCCAGUCGCAGAAUCGUCGGGCUCCAGAGUCUCUAUACCGCCCAUAACCCCGUCCAACAUGGCCAGUCCGAGGGAGAUCAGCGCCUCAUACACGUGUACCCCGACCACUUCGUUGUUGGCUUCUUCCUUCGCAUCUCAGCGGACACGGGCGUCUUGGAGAACCUGGCUGUCCUGCAACAGCCGAUUUACAAGGCGCCGGAGUUGGCACACGAUCGUCUUCUGGGCAAACACUAUGGUCCCUACAGCGAACUGGCCACCCAGUGCCUGUGGAAGAACCGACUUCCGCCGCCCAAUGUUGAAAGCUACGUGUCGACGCCUGCAGCAUGGCACCGGAGCAUGGACCUUCGCCCCAUGGAGAUGUUCUUCUUCGGAGACUCCGAACAGCGGCUCGAAAACAUCGUUGCCAUAUCUGGCGAUGUCGGGUUGCGAAGGUUCCAAAUCAACUAUGCCGAUGGUUCAUCUAGAGCCAUUGGGUCGAAGGGCAGUGCCUUGAAGACUAUGUUAAUCGAUGGGCGGGGAGGUGAACGAAUCGUCUUCAUGUCUUGGCAGACUGGCGGCAAUUCACCAGGCAUGCGCUUCGUCACAAGCAAUGAUCGCCAGUUGGUCCUCGGAUGGCCAACCGAAAUGAAGACAGUCCACAAGCAUUCGGAAUCGAUGAGGCCGCAGGGCACCGCAUUGGUUGGCCUUUUUUGUCGCUGGAGUGACGGAUCUACUGCCGAUGAUAUUCACCCUCUUUUCGUACCCGACCCCGCAUGUGAUCCGGAUAUAGAUGAAGGUAGUCUAUGGGAUGGAAACGUGCUGUAUUGGGAGCCAAAGGAAUUACCGGAAUCGAAACGUCGUGUUGGACCGGCCUACGGCUGGGCGCCCGACUAUGGGGACAACAUUCCGACAUCAGAUCAUAUCCCCUCGCUAUCCUGGCUGGACUGCGAAAAGCCUCUGGAAAGCGUUGGGGUGAUUCUGUAUCAAUGGGGCGCUUUCCCCAAGAUGCCAAUCGUUUCCAUGGUCUUCAAGUACGCGGACGGACACGACAUUACUCUUGGUCCAAGAUCCUUCCCCUUGCCUCCGGACAGAUGGACACCGGACAGCUGUCGGGGCAGGUCUGACCGGGGAGAAUAUGGGCAAGACACAUGGCACUUGGGAGGGUCCAAAGUGAGAUCAUUGCGCGUGUGGUGGAACGAGCGUGACUGGGUCAAGGCGAUCCAGAUGACGUCGGAGAACGGGUUGACAAGUACGAGAUGGGGAUCUGUCGCGCAGGGAGACACAGGUUCUGAGAUAUUAUUCUCACAUGGGCGCGCAUCUGGCUUCGUUGUCUGCAUGACUUCUGCUAUUGGCGACGGGGUGCGGUUCGGCACGACCAUCUGUGGGAUCCAGGCCCUGCGCAAUCGCGACGUGGCUGGGGAGGUCUUUGAGGUGAUGGAAUUGGAAUGA